GCUGGACCAGCAAUGGCUCUGCUGAAGGUUCUGCUGCUGCUGGGGCUGGGUGUUUCAGUGAACUCAGCUGUUUCUCUACAGAAGAGGAUCAUUGGAGGUGAAAACUGUAAAGACAGUGAGCGUCUUUAUCAUGUUCGGCUGGAGAGCAGCAAUGCUACUGACAUGAUCCGCUGUGGAGGAUCUCUGAUUCACCCUCGGUGGAUCCUGACUGCAGCUCACUGCUUGAAGUCGGGGCCAGGAUGGACUCACGUAGCAAUCUUAAAAGUUCAUCCACGGACUGCUGGGCAGCAGAGACAAUUGGUCAAACAAUAUCCUUUUAUUUUUAAGUAUGAUGGCAAGAAGCAUAACAUCAUGUUGUUGAAGCUUCAGACACCAGUAACAGGUGUCCCACUUGCUCAAUUAACAGACUGCAGGCAUCGUCUUAAAGUAGGCGAUGUUGUUCAGCUGGCCGGAGAGGGACCAACAUCGCUCGAUACCAAUAAUCAGCAAUCAAUCAAUGCUGCUGUUCCAGCACAUCUUCAAUGUGUCGACAUCAAUGUUUAUUCGCUUCCCGCUUUCAUGCCAUUUUACGGGAAUGUAUUCUCUGCCGGAGCAGCAAACAAGUAUAUAUGCUAUGGUGAUGAUGGUGGAGCAGCGUUGCACAACGGCAUGAUUCAUGGUGUGAUUUCUCAUGGUGGCCGAUUUGUAUUUUCAAAUCAUGUCUUACACUUAGGUACAAGUAUAUGGAGCAGACUGAUAGAGAUACGAUUUAUCAUGAAUGUGUGUAAAUACAAAAGGUGGAUAAAAAAAAGAACUGGGCUUAAAUAAAAAAUAAACUUUCAUGAAAUAAAACUCUCAGCAAAUUUCCUCUCACAUAUAAUUGUUUCUUCAUCAGAUUGAUCCACAUGUUUGUAGAGUUAGAAUAAAUCAAAAGUUGAGUUUUUUCUCACCUAAUCUUGACCUCCCUAAUGGAGCUUUCUCUGCCUCAGAAAUGAAAAAUAAAUCAAUAAAUGCAUGAAACAGA